GUGACGUGCCGUGUUGUCACGCGAGCGCCACAGCGGACGCGCCGGGUUUGUGGUCUAGGGUACCGCCAUGGCUCCGGGCGUGCGGCUCCCGCCGGAGAUCCAGUUAGCGCAGCGCCUGGCGGGUAACGAGCAGGUGACGCGGGACCGCGCGGUGCGGAAGCUGCGAAAGUACAUCACCGCCAGGACGCAGCAGGCCGCAGGUGGUUUCACUCAUGACGAGCUGCUGAAGAUAUGGAAAGGACUGUUUUACUGCAUGUGGAUGCAGGAUAAGCCUCUCCUGCAGGAAGAACUAGGAAGGACCAUUUCCCAGCUCACCCAUGCUUUUCAGACCACAGAGGCACAGCACCUGUUUCUGCGGGCCUUCUGGCAGACCAUGAUCCGUGAGUGGGUGGGCAUCGACAGACUGCGCCUGGACAAGUUCUACAUGCUCAUGCGGAUGGUCCUGAGUGAGUCAUUGAAAGCCCUGAAGACCCAAGGAUGGGAAGAAAGACAGGUUGAACAGCUGCUGGAGCUGCUGACCACUGAGAUAUUGAACCCCGACAGCCAGGCCCCCAAUGGGGUGAAGAGCCACUUCCUUGAGAUCUUCCUGGAGGAGCUGACCAAAGUGGGGGCUGCAGAGCUCACCGCAGACCAGAACCUACAGUUCAUCAACCCCUUCUGCCAGAUUGCGGCUCACACUGAAGAUUCCCUGGUUUUGCACAGUAUCACUCGGAACAUCUUUGAGACGAUUGUGGAACAGGCUCCCUUAGCCAUCGAAGACCUAAUGAAUGAGCUGGACGCACAGAAUGGGGAAGAGGACGUGUCAGAUGGUGACGAGGAGUCUUCAGAGGGUGAGCAGGAACAAGACAGCGCACGUAGGAGGCCGCCUGCAGGCUCCAUGCAUGGGACUGACCCUGAGGCAGAUGGGGAACAGGUGCAGGAUGAUGAGGAUAGCGCUGGCCCUGUCCUUCAGUUUGAUUACGAAGCGGUUGCAAACAGAUUGUUUGAGCUUGCCAGUGGACAGAGCACGCCUUCUCAAAACAGGAAGCGCCUCUACAAAGUGAUCCGAAAGUUGCAGGGACUGGCUGGAGGCACGUUCCCGGAGGAUGAUGUCCCUGAAAAAGCCUACAAGAAGCUGCUAGAAGGGAGACGGGAGCCAAAGAAAAAAAAGAAGAAGAAGAAACGUUUGCUCAAAUUGCAGCCACAGAAUGAGAGAGGGGGAGGUGAGGCGGAAACCUCAAGUCCAGACCCAAACCCAGGGAUUGAGAAGAGGAGCAGGAGGAGGCCCAAGAGGGCUGGCCAGAGACGAGUUCCCAAGAAGAGGAAGCCUCUGCCUGGAGCUAGAGCAGAGGGGACUGGUGUGCAGUAGUCUGGAAGAAGAAACAGCCAUUGCAGGAUGGGAAGUGAAGUGCCCAGCCCCAGCCUCCUGUUGGCACCUGGUUGAGCGGGACAGGUCACCUGGGCGUGCCUCCAAGAUCCGUGGCUCCUUCUGUAGGGGAUGAGCAGGAAGCUGAGCAAAGGAGGCGAUGGUUAGGUGCCAGUCUGAGAAUCACUCCUUCCUCAGGGCCAGCCUGUGUACCAGAAAUACAAAUCCUCCUGUGAUGGCCCCUCUGAGGAACUAGAGAAGUCCAGCAUGGGUCCUGGAGUCUGUCCCUGACCCAACCCCUCAAAGUGAGGAAAGCCAAGCCAAACACCUGCCUGUGUGUGGUCACUGUGGCUCCCACCCUGAGUGUCUGUAAAAUAAAGCGCACCUUUAUAGAGCACUGCCACUGCAUCGCCAUCUGUGGGCUGGGACAGGUGCCGCUUCACAUGUACACACAAGCAUGUGCACGUGCCACUGUGUGUACCACAGCAUGUGUGGAGGUCAGAGAACAACUUGGGGGAGUCAGUGCCCCUCUACUGUGUGGGUUCUGGAGAGUGAACUCAGGUUGGCAGCCUUUACCCAUGGAGCCCUAUCUGCUUUGGGUGGCAGGGGGCUUGUGUACCUUGUAUCUGAGAUGAAGCCUUGCCAAGGAGCCACCAUAGCCUUCCUGGUGGCUGUCUGGGUAGGCUCCUCACUCCUGCCUCAUGACUUGUGCUGCUGUGGGUUUUCUGGAGGCUCCUGUGACUGAGAGGCCUCACCAUCACUGGCUCCAUCUGGGGCAUUCUGUGCCUGUGUGGCCACAGUAUGUGCUGAGACCCCAGCAGGGCCCAGGUACACUGGACUCAGCUCUCAUUCUGAAGAGGCUGACAUGGAGCUGGGUCUCCACCUUGAGCCAGCGCUGGGGCCAUCACCAUUGCUGAGGACUGGGGUUCACACGAGAGGCCAUGGGAGGGAGGAUUGCAAAGCCUUCGCCUGAUGGGGUAGUUCCCUUCCUCAGGUGACCUAAGCUUGUCCAUCAGAGCUGCAGCUGGCCAGAGUACAGCUGAGGACAGCAUCAGGCAUCACAGCUCACUGUCCACGCAGGAGGAACUGCUGCUCUUGGGCGUUCACGGUACGGGGACGCUCUGGAACUGGAGUUUCUUUGGUUUUCUCAUCAGCCUCUCUGAAAGGAAAUGUGCGUCAACCCUGCACAGAUGCUACUGAGCAGAAAUGAGGACUCAUCAGUCAGGAGCCACAGUGAGCCCUCUAGAGCCAAGCAGUUAGUGCAGAGACUGCCCUGCUCAGCAUUGUGGGCCUCCCAGACAGAUGCAGAAUGGAACCCAGGGCUCAGCCUUUGAGCAGGAACUGCUGAGUCACACGCCCAGCCACCUACUGUGUCCUGUGUGGACACUGUUAGGGAUGGACUCCUGGGAUUGGAACUG